UUUUGCAAGAUCUUGAAGGCGAGCAGGAGCAGAUUACUGAUUCUACAAUCUACCCUGAUAAAAGAAUUCCUCUGUGGUUUUUCUUUUUGGUAGCUCUCUGCGACUUUUUGGUGAAAUAAAUUUUACUUACCUAAAAAAAAAAAAAAUUAAAGAUGAUGAAGAAAAGAUUACUGGAUUCAACUGAAUCGCGCGCAUAAGUCUAAUGAACCUUAGGGUUUCUACUUGCUCUCGCAUUUGACAAGAAAUCUGCAGUGUCAUCUCAAGUUUUGUGGAUUUAAUUCAAAACUCGAGACAACAAUGUCAAUGGAUCCAUACUACGAGCAGAGAUUGAGAGACGAGGUCAUCUACCUUCACUCCCUCUGGCACCAAGGCCCACCUCCUCGACAAAACCCUAACCCUAAUAACUACCCCAAUCACACCACCUCGACCCACCUCCUCCCUCCUUCCAAUCCCCCCCAAUUCAAGAAACCCAAGAGACCCAAGAAGACCCCUCCCCAAUCCGACCUCGAAUGGCCCUGCAACGAAACCCCCGCGGACCCCGACCAGCCGGGUUGGCCUGCUCCUACUCCUGCUCCGAUCACCCGGGUUCUCACGCCUGAAGAACAAGCUCGAUUCGCCGCGGCCCGGAUCCAGAACAAGGCCGUGGCCGCCGUGGAAGCGUUUUUCGCGGGUAAUUUGGACAGUGAUGGGGAGGAGAGUGAUGAAGAUGAUGAGGUGACGGGUGAGGAUGGGUACGAGGAGUACCAGUUCUUUUUGAAGUUGUUUACGGAAGAGGAGGAGUUGAAGGGGUUGAGGGGGUACUGUGAGAAGAAUUGGGAAGGGGGGAGUGAUUUUAUUUGCUUGGUUUGUGGUGGGAUUGGGAAGAGGAAGAGGUUUAAGAACUUGGUGGCUGUUGUGCAGCAUUCGGUGUCGAUAGCGAGGACGAAGAAGAAGAAUGCACACAGAGCUUAUGCACAGGUUGUGUGUAGGGUUCUUGGUUGGGAUGUUGAUCGGCUUCCGACUAUCAAUUCGCCGUUGGAUAAACCUGUUGAGUCUCAGGGAAAUGCUGAGGUUGCUGUUGGAGAGUCGAGUAUGAUCAACCAAGAUUUGGCUUUGGCAAAUGUUAGUAAUGGAAAAACCAUUCAGAAGGAGGUUUCCGAUGUUGAUCAGGAAGGAGAAAUACCCAGUUCUAGUAUUCCUGGGACUUCUGUUAUCGGUGAUAAUAACUCUGUGAAGGAUGGUGAUGCCAAUAAGUGUUUGGAAAAGCCUGACAAUGGGGUUCAGAGUUUUGGUGAUGGGAAUAUAGAAGGAGUGGUUACUUGCCUGGUACAUAGCGAGGACAAUGGCACUGGAAAUGAAAUAAGAGACAAUCAAAAGGCGAUUGUAGUUGUUAAUGAACCAGAGGAAAAUAAUGGGAAGGCGCACUGAUUCGGAAGUUGCAGGCAUGGUGGCACUGGCAAUGAAUCUCAAGGAAGCUAGGGAUUUCUUGGUGAGAGAAUUCUUCUCACUUACGGAUCGGUUGUUUCUGCUAUUCCCUGAUUGUGUGUUUGCAUCAUUUGGUGCCUGUGGUUGUUGUACAUUAAAUUAUCUGCAGGUGUAUUUGAUGGUAGAUGGUCUUUGUUUCGAUUACAAAUAACAUCUUAUUUGCUGCUAGGAAGAAUGCAGUGGGACUAGUGUGGAACACUUCAGCAAAAUUAGUGCUGCAUCCAUGUCAAUAUCUUGUAGGAGUAUAAGCUGAGAACAAUCAAAAUUUACGUGUUAAGUUUGCAUGCUGCAAAUUAAAUGCUAGUGUGGCCUUGUUCGUUUUGGGGUCUCAAAACCCCUA